UGAAUGGUGCUAUCUCUCUUCUAAUGAAGAGUUUAGAUGUUCAAAUCUCACCUAAAAAAGCAAAUGAUGUUGAACCGUCUGGUAGUUCUGGAAUAUGCCUGUACAAAUUUUUUUGCUUGAACUACAAAGAGUAACUUGUUUGGCAAUUGAAUUUUGCUCAAAUUAUAUUGUAAUCUGGUUUUUUUCCUUACACUGUACAUAACAUGCUCUACGCUGAGCUUUAUUGCAGGUUUUCCAACCUAAAUUAAACCCAGCACUGCAACAGGAAGAAGAUAAAUACCAGACAGGAAUCAGCAGAAGCAUAUCAACUCUUCACAAAUAUUUUAUUUUCGUUUAUUAAGCAUAGCAACCAAACAUGAGGUGCAGUGUCAAUAUCAAUCCUCCAACUACUUGGCUGCUUCUUAAAGAAAAAGCCAGAUCAAAACCAACUAACCAUUUCCAUCUUCCCAUUUUAUUCCAUAAGACUACCACGAGCACUGCAUUCUGAUCUCACAAACCAAGCUAAAAAUGAGGCACAAAGUCCAUGCCUCCUUCAACCUGAAGCACCUCCUGCUAGGUUUGUUCAUUGUAGUUCUACUCAUCAUCAUACUAAGAACAAACUCAUCAUUAAAAGCUUUACCUCCAACUUCAACAAUGCACACAUGUACUAAAAUCUCUCCUUCUCUGGCCAACACCAUCAUUCACUACUCCACCUCAAACAUCACACCGCAACAAACCUUCAGUGAAAUCUCCGUCGCCGCCGGUAUACUGGCAAAGAGAUCCCCCUGCAACUUCUUGGUAUUUGGCUUGGGCCAUGACAGCCCAAUGUGGAGCUCGCUUAACCAUGGCGGCCGCACUGUCUUCCUGGAGGAAGACAAGGCAUGGAUGGAGAAAAUCAGAGAAAAGUUCCCUGACCUGGAAUCAUAUCAUGCAACAUACAAAUCCAAGGUGAGGGAUGCAGAUGAGCUACUUGAAUUGAGGAGCAAGGAGUGUACUGAGGUGGGUGAUGUAAGAUAUUCAAAAUGUCAGCUAGCGCUGACAGAUCUGCCCAGUGUGUUCUAUGAGGUAGAGUGGGAUCUGAUCAUGGUGGAUGCACCAACUGGUUACUUUACUGAUGCUCCAGGGAGAAUGGGGGCAAUAUAUACAGCAGGAAUGGUGGCAAGAGCAAGGAUGGUAGGAGAAACAGAUGUGUUUGUUCAUGAUAUUGAUAGAACUGUGGAAGAUAAGUUCUCAAAAACUUACUUGUGUGAGGGAUACAUGAAGGAAGAAGAGGGAAGGCUGAGACACUUCACCAUUCCAAGUCACAGGAGCACCAUGGGUUUGCCUUUCUGCCCUUAAAUGUUGGGGUGAUUCCUUAGUUUUGUCAGAAUAACGCAGCAUAUGAGGAUUUUGUGACAUCUGUGCUCAUACUUCUGUUUAUCAUUCUUGUUUUGUUGAGGUGUUAUUAUGAUAUUUGUAUGGAUUUUUUUAUUACUUAGUUUUAUAGUUACAUUUCAGCACUUAUGAGGAUUAGAUAAUAAUUCCAAAAUGUUUCUAUUAGGUUUAUAUAUAAAUAUAAGACAUUAGGAUGGCAUUGUCAUUAGGUGAUUUUAUUUUGUUAGGAUUUUAUUGAUUUUAGAUUGAAACAUUGGGAAUUAAGGAAAUAAAAGAGGUGGCUUAUCUUUAGUUAACAGUAGUUGAACAAGCAUUGUGAAUAAGAUUUGAAUUCAAAGUCCUACACAUUUCUUACCUUGAAGGAUACUUUAACAGCCAAUAUUAACCUUUUUAUUUGUUCUCCAGCCUUACAGGGAGGAUGCUUGCCUGAUGUAGAAAUCCUUUCUAGCCUUUGUUCAGUCUGUGGUGUUCUUUUUGGGGGAAUUUAUAUAGGCACCCCAAAAUACUUUAUAUUUGUAUAUAGAAUAAUCAAAUCUUUAGAUUAUGUAAAAAUAUUACUAAUAUUGACCUAUUUAAAAUAAAACACAUUUUUAUGCCUAUGCUUUGAUGUGUUUUUGACACUGAAGGCAUAUAUAAGUAAAUAUAAGGAUUUAUGUAAUUAUUUGGUUACCUGAAAAAUGAAUGCAAUGUAAAAAGAAUAUUUUGAAUUUAUCUGGAUGAGUGUAAAAGAAAUGUAUGUGAUUACUUCUUUUGUUUGAUUUGAUGUAAAAUAGAUGUAAUGUACAUUGAAAAAGGUAGUGCUUGGUGACCGAUAUUGAUAGCAGUGGUGGCCAAGAGUGAGCAAUGGUGA